AUGAUAAAUCCAAGAACUAUUACUACUAUUCAGUUAAGCGUAAACACAGAUUCUAAACAAAAACCUGAUGUUAGAAGUAGCAGUCUUUCUCAUCUUAGUAAUACUAAUAGUGCAAGACUAGGCAGUAGCUAUAGUUUUAACUCUAAUGAUAGCUUUUCUAAAAAUAAAGACGAAGUUGACCUAAUAACUGAAAAUAUUAAUAAUGUUGAUUUGCCUAAUGAACCUCAAUUCUUUCAAAUAUUGAAGAAAUUACAAGGCGUCUUACAUUCUGUAGGAUUCUCAAAUUCAAGAGAAGCUAGAUUUGUAGAUCUCCCUACAUUCAAAGGAGAUGACCAAGAUCUUAGCAACUGGUUGAAAUGA